CAAGUACAGAAAGAACAGUCCAACCUUAAUAAUUUAAGUGGAUUGAAACUCCCUUUUUACAACAAUAAUGGAGAAGAAAGUGAGCUUCACUUUAGCCUUCUUCUUGUGUGUUCUCAUUGUUAUUCCAGAGGUCGGACAUGGCGCGGAUACAAAGCUGUUCGUUUUCGGAGACUCCUAUGCCGAUACCGGGAAUACGCCGCCGGUUGAUGGUUUUCAGUGUUGGGAGGAACCCUAUGGCAUCACUUUCCCCGGCAAACCUUCCGGCAGAUUCUCCGACGGCCGUGUUCUCACCGACUUCAUAGCUGAGUACCUGGGAAUCAGAUCUCCGGUGCCCUACAGAGGGUGGAAACUCGGUUUAAAUUUACAGAACUAUGGGAUGAACUUUGCGUACGGCGGAACCGGUGUUUUCAACACCAUCAAUGGUGGGCCGAACAUGACCUCACAGAUUAAUGAUUUCCAACAACUGAUUCAACAACGUGUGUUCACCAAACGCGACCUCAGUUCGUCGGUUGCUCAUGUUUCGGCGGCUGGGAACGACUACGGUGCUUUGUCGGUCGGCGGCCAAAAGGAUAUAGAGAGUGUUAUCAGUGAGCUAGUGUUGAACCUGAAACGCAUAUACAGUUUGGGAGUUCCCAGAAUAAGUGUGGUGGCAGUGCCGCCAUUUGGAUGCAUGCCUCAAGAUGUUGUUCCCAUCCAACCUUCACCUUGCAACGAAUCGGACAAUUCAUUUGCAAGGCUUCACAAUCAACUGCUGAAAAAAGCUGUGGAGAAACUGAACACUGAAACUGGUGGAUCCACUUUUGUCAUUCUUGAUCUCUACUCUGCAUUCAUGUAUGCCUUUAACGUACACAAUAAUCGCCCAGGGAAAUCAAGUUUUGUGAAUCCAUGGGAAGAAUGUUGCAAGGGAAGAAGAAGUGGAUCAAGCUGUGGAGAUGUUGAUGAAGAUGGAAGAAAGGAAUAUGUAGUGUGUGAGGAUCCAAAGCACUCAUUCUUUUGGGAUGCAAUACAUCCUUCACAACAAGGUUGGCUUGCCGUUUUCUCAAUUGUGAAACCCUCACUCAACACUCUCUUCUUACCUCAUGCCCCAUUGUACCUUCUUGCAAUUAUAAUUAUGUAAGUGUGAUAAUGAAUUGUAUUAGAUAUUAGCAUUGAAUUCGUUAGACCUAUGUAGUUAUACUAAGUAUAAUAAGACAUCAAUGCUAUUUAGUGUCA